AUGGAAGAAAACUCACCAGAUACUUCAGAAAAUUUGACGGAAGUAAUAGGGCGUAUGUUCAAUCAUCUUCAGAAUGUUAAAUUUGAAGACAUGGAUGAAUUGGAGAAAGAACAAAUUUACGACGUUCUCACACAGGGUCUUCAACAAACUGGUGCCAUAAAACCGGAUAAUUCAAUCGAUUUGAAUUCUUUUUUGGGUUUCAAUGUGAUGUAUAUUAGAAUAUUGCCUGCAGAUUCCCCAGUAGCACAUUUUUUAGAAAAGUAUGGCAGCUGUUUUCCAAUAAAAGGCGAUACUCCUAAAGAAUCAGUGAAGUUACUAAUUAACCGUAUGAAUAAAAAAAACACACCAAAUCAGCCUGAUGAAAAUGAUAAUAAGAAAGCCGUAAAUAAUUAA